UGAGGGUAUCAACAACAUGAGCGGCUCUUGAGAUCCUGCAAGAAUGGUACGCUGUUUUGCUUUGUUUUUCAUCGUAGCUUGUGUGAACAAAGUGUUGUGCAUUCAGGGAUCAUGCGGGGCUCAGUCGGAACCCGCCGCCCUGCAGGAAGCAGCCGGCUGCGGCUGUGAGAACCUGAAGAGAGCCGCUGCUGUGGAAGACAGGACAGCCUAUGCCGAGCCAGAGGACAAAUACUCAAGAGACGCCAAUGAGAGGCCGUCAGUGGCUCAGGAGGAUGAGAAGAAAAUUCAGAGUCAGAUGGUGCUGAUUUCUGGAGGAGAGUUCCUGAUGGGAACAGACAACCCAGCCAUCCCCGCAGAUGGUGAGGACCCUCAGAGGCGGGUGCAUGUCGACUCCUUCUACAUGGACAUCCAGGAAGUCUCGAACAAACAGUUUCAGAGCUUCGUCAACGCCACAGGAUACAUUACUGAGGCAGAGAAAUUUGGAGACUCUUUUGUGUUCGAGGGGAUUUUGAGCGAAAGUGUGAAAAACCAAAUCACCCAAGCAGUGGCUGCUGCCCCCUGGUGGCUUCCAGUCAAAGGGGCCAACUGGAGGCACCCUGAGGGUCCAGACUCCAACAUCACAGACAGGCUGGACCAUCCUGUCCUACAUGUGUCCUGGGCAGAUGCAGUCGCCUACUGCUCCUGGGCCAACAGGAGACUUCCCACAGAGGCAGAAUGGGAGUAUGCCUGCAGAGGUGGCCUUAAAGACAGACUCUACCCCUGGGGAAACAAGUUGAACCCAAAAGGGCAACACUAUGCCAACAUCUGGCAGGGGAAUUUCCCCAACCAUAACUCUGCAGAGGAUGGAUACAUCAAAACUUCACCGGUGAUGUCCUUUCCUGCCAAUGGUUUUGGUUUGUAUGACAUGGUGGGGAAUGCUUGGGAAUGGACUUCCGACUGGUGGACUGUGCAUCACACCACAGACCAGCAGCACAACCCAAUGGGACCUCCAUCAGGGACAGACAAGGUGAAGAAGGGAGGGUCAUACAUGUGCCAUAAGUCUUACUGUUACAGAUACCGCUGUGCGGCUCGCAGCCAGAACACUCCGGACAGUGCAGCCUCUAAUCUUGGUUUCCGCUGUGUCUCCCAGGAGCAACGGUGAUGCUUGUUUUAAACACAGGGUCCUUUAGUCCAGCUGUUCUCUUAACUCAAGUGUUAAACCAGGACUUUAAUAGGUUUUCUAAUGUGCCAUCGCACUGACAUGGAGUUGAGAAUGUCUUAAUAUAUAUAUCAUUUCAUAUCACUUUAUAUUUUUACUAAAACUUUUUACGCAAGAAAUGAAUAGAAAAGGCAGUUGUUCCUACGUCUCUGUUCUCUUUACGCCUUUGAACACAGGUGCAGAGAGCACUGGAAAACCCACAUUUUUGUUUUUGCUUGGGUCAGAGAACUUUUCAGUGAUAAAGAUCUUUGUAGUACUGUAAAUGUCAAAAAAAAUCUUUGAAAGCAAUUUUAAAGGUUCUCAAUAUCAGCAAAAAGGCUAGCUGAGCUACGGACUAAAAGUCCAUGUAAUUUAUACAGUUGAUGUAAAACUGAAAGUACUGUAAUGUAAUUUUGGCAAAGACUGAUAAACAGCCCCUUUUGUGGUU